UCUGCUACUUCCGGUUUAUGGCGUCGGUGUCCACGUUGCUGUGUUUGUGUGUAAAUACGAUGCAUUUCCAAAUGUCUAUGCAUUAAUCAUCUAUUACAUAAUUGUCAACAAUGUCUAAGGAAGUCAGGCGUCGGAGCCGACCACGUGACGGCCUCGGACCGUCCAAAUCUUACAGCAGACCGUCUCAAAAAUCUUCCAAAACCCCAGGAGGCCUCUUGACCAAAUUGGCAAUAUCUGCUGUGGCCGCCGGCGUGGUGCUAGUUAUUGCAUAUAUGCGGUAUCAGACGUCACUGAAGUCAGCAGUGAAAACGCCACUGCAAUCACCGACAAUACUGGCAGAUAAUAGUUCCAGUGCUGCUGAAAACCCCGAUAGAUUUUGGGGGACUUACAGAUCGCACAUGUAUUUCGGGAUGAAGACGAGGAGCAAAGCAUCCCCUGUAGUUGGUCUGAUGUGGCUGACUCAGUUCACUGGGCAGAUGCCGCCACCGUUACGUCAUUGGUGUGACCAGGGUGACAGGCUACAGCGCUAUGGCUGGAUGCUGCAUGAUGGCGUCAACUUUGGUUCACAGGACAUCCAUGAUUCCACGUACAUGCUGAGGACUCAGUUUGUGAAGCGACCUGGAGGUCAGCAUGGAGGGGACUGGUCAGCCAGAGUCAAAGCAGUUCCAUAUAACCCAAACAAACCUGCAACAGUAUCUCUAAUGUUCUACAUGGCCCUGGACGGCCAAGGUCAACUUGCGCCACAACUGACCAAGAAGCGCCUCUCAUCAAUCAAGGGAUACUCAGAGGAGCUUGGUCAUUUUGAGCUGAAGUUCCCCAAGAACACAGCAACAGGGGCCAGAAACAGUCAUCUGAUCAGCCACUCCCCUCAACUGGACAAGCUGAAGGACGUCCUCAUGGCCUCAAUGGCCGUGGAUGCUUGGGACAAGAAGAGGACUCUGCCAUAUUUUGUACUAAAUGGUCGAGCCAUCCCAAGUGACCAGCCCACAAACUUUGUUGUGCACCAGGUCACUGCAACUCUCCCAUUUGAGAUGGAGGUUGUCUUUGAGUCUGGCAGUGUCACCAACAGACGUGACACUUUGGCUGGAAAUGUGUUUGAAAAUGCCUUGCAAAACCAUGUGAGUUCCUUCAAUGAACGUUUCUUGAAAACAUUUCCCCUCAAAGAGAGAGGGUACUCUGUCAAUGAAAUUAACUUCGCAAAAGCAGCUUUUAGUAACAUGGUAGGCAGCAUUGGUUAUUUCUAUGGAUCGUCACUUGUUCAGUCAAUUUACAACGAAGAACCUGUUGAAUAUUGGCAAACCCCUCUGUACACCGGAGUCCCUUCACGACCAUUCUUUCCAAGAGGGUUUCUGUGGGAUGAAGGCUUUCACAACCUCCUCAUCAGCCAAUGGGAUCCCUCCAUCUCCAAAGACAUCAUUGCUCAUUGGCUUGAUACCAUGAAUAUUGAGGGCUGGAUUCCUCGUGAGCAGAUUCUUGGUGUUGAGGCUCGGGCAAAGGUUCCAGGAGAAUUUGUUGUACAAAGAAACAAAAAUGCAAAUCCGCCAACAUUUUUCCUGCCUCUUCAGCGACUUAUCAAAGACAUGAUCAAGAGCAACACACUCAAAGACAGAACAUUCCUCAGCGCCCUCUAUCCACGAUUAAAGGCCUGGUACUCGUGGUACAACUCAAGUCAAGUUGGAAAAGAUCCUUCAUCUUAUCGCUGGCGGGGGAGAGAUGCAACUGCUGUUAAGCAACUCAAUCCCCUGACCUUGACCUCUGGUCUUGAUGACUACCCACGAUCCUCUCACCCAACUGAUGACGAGCGACAUGUGGAUCUACGAUGUUGGCUUGCUCUAGCUUCAGGUGUUAUGGCUGACAUUGCACGCUCAUUGGCCAAAGAUUGGGAAGAAUAUGACCGCACUCACAAACUGUUGACCGACAAUGACCUCCUGGACAAGCUCCAUUGGUCCGAACAAGGUCAGCAGUACAGUGACUAUGGUUUUCAUACCGACCGGGUCAAGUUGGAACGGCCAAAGCCUCAGUUAAAUCUCCAACCUGGGCAACGACCUCCACCAAUGAACCAAGACAAAAUCCGGGUCACUCAGGAGGAACCGAAAAACCAGUUCGUCAACAUUUUCGGAUAUGUCAGUCUGUUUCCUUUUCUUUUAAAAAUCGUGGAACCCGAUUCACCCAAACUGUACAAGAUUCUCAACGAUCUCAAAAAUCCAUCCCUGCUGUGGACGGACUAUGGUUUACGGUCACUGUCACAGAGUGCAAAACUGUACAACCGAUACAAUACUGAACACGAUCCUCCAUACUGGAGAGGCGCCAUCUGGAUCAACAUGAACUACUUAGCCCUUGGCGCCUUAGACUUUUAUUCCAGAAGUAGAGGACCUUACCAAAAUUUGGCUGCGUCUAUAUACAAGGAUUUGAGAAAAAAUAUUGUUGAUAAUCUGAUGACUAAUUAUGAAAAAACAGGAUAUAUAUGGGAAAAUUAUAGUGACAAAACUGGAGAGGGCAAAGGCAGCCACCCAUUUACAGGGUGGUCAGCUCUAGUAGUAUUGAUAAUGGGGGAGAGAUAUUGAAAUGGUCAUCAUUGAAGGGGGUUGGCAGUCAGGGGUAAGGGUGGCGGGGGGAUGGGCCAUGUCCCUUAGACAUGCAAGAGACCUGUGAUCUUGAGUUCCGACGCUCUAGGUUUCAUUGAACUUUUAAAUGUCUGAGAUUUGCAUCACAUUCCUCCCACGUCAGACUGAAACACCAUGAUGUGACUCAAAUACUGUUAACCCCACAUUCACCCAAUUGGCAGUCCCACUUUGGGCUAAAAGAAUAAUAGUCUUGGUUCUCAGGCACUGCCUGCAUCAUCAUAAACUCUGCAGCAUGUUUCAUUUUUAUUUCCAUUUUCAAAAAAUCAAAAAAUCCUAAUACUUAAAAACAAUGUGAUCCAAUAUAGAUCACAGUUACUUCCCUUUACAUAUGCACACUUUUUUACUGCACAUCUUGUGUUAUGGUCAAGGUGGCGAUAGGAGUUUGUAUGCUUGUUUAUGUAGGGAGGCCCUUCGCCAGGUUGGUGGUACACAAUUGUUUAUUUGGUUACAUACUAGUUUGAACAAGCAAAAAAGAAAAAACACACCACCCACUAUAUAUUUUCAAAAGUCAUUGCCUGAAAACCAAUUCUUUUAUUUUUUUAAGCUUAAGUUUGAAUCAGGUUGUUAAUACAAAUACAAAUAUGAUGUGUUUUUUUCAAGGCACAUCACACUCAAAUCAUAAAUAACUACUAUUCUAAUCUUUUUUUUCAAAUUCCGAAAUGUGCAGUGUAAAUCCUGUUAGGUAGGCAGAUCAUGUACUGUUGCAUUGUUCAUCAACCCCAACGACUCAACCUCGGUUAAACCGCUGUUCGUCUAUUAUCAAUGCUCAUCAAUUAUUUGGACCCCAAAGCUAGUAUUGUAACGAGGGAUCACUGUACAACACCUGAACAUGUCUGCGAACUCAAGUUUAAUGAUUCAGAUUACCGUAUUCGUCGUAAUAAGCGCUCCGCUCUAAUAAGCGUCCAUGGCGAUAUUUGCUAAUAUUUUGGCUAGUGAACAAUCCCAAUUAGCACCCUUUCCAAUUGAUCAAUGUACACAAGACUUAUUUAUUCGUGUAUAAUAUGCCCUCGUGUGUUAUAUGCACCCUUAAUUAUGGGCAAUUAAAUUAUCUAAAAUAUAUCUACCGGGUAUCGUGUAUAAUACACGCAGAUUCUUCUUUUAUAUCAUUUCAGGCUGUCAGCAUAAACCACAAAAUUUGCAAUCUUUCAACUCUGCUUUUUUUUCACUAAAAUUAUAUUCUAAUAAGAACCCCCUAUUUCUAAUUUUGAGAGCGCCCUGGGCGCUUAUUACGUCGAAUACGGUAAUCUCACUUUCAGACCUCAGUGUUUUUCACGACACAGAAAUUUUCAUCCGGUACACACAAAUGUAUAGAGAUAACAAGUGAAGGUAAAACCCUAAGGUCCUGACACAAACAUAUCUGUAAACUCCCAUGCAAGUCUACUGUACUUCCGUCUGGAUUUCUUCAGUUUCAGAAAGACAAGGAGAUUCUCUGGGAUCACUUAUAUUAUAUAUUAAGAGACUUUUAAUUACAAAAUUCUUUUCUUUUCAGAGUCUUAAUGUUGGUCAAGAUCCAGAUCAAUCUAGAAAUAAACGUUUACUUUUAAUUUGUCAUAAAAUACAUCUCAAGUUCUCACCUAAAAACUGUAAAUGGACUUUGAUGCAUAGUCUUCCCAUAGAUUUUACGGAAAUGUCCUUGAACUGAUGUUGGUUUCAGAAUUAGGGCUCUCUUGAUUGGUCCGCCUGUUGACAAAAUUUUGUUCACGGAUAUUUUUUUGUCAAGCUUAAAUAUACAUUCAUUAUCAUUUUUUGUAUUGGAUAAGCUUGUCAAACUUGUAGCAGUUAUGUGAAACAGUUUUAUCCCCUGCCACGGAGUAGGACGGGGAUAUCGGUUAGACCUCCAUCCUUCUGUCCAUUGACUUAAAUGGGGACAACUCUUUUGAGACACCGCUGUUGAAACAAGGAUGGAAUUUUCCAUACAUCAUUAAGAGAUAAAUAUGUUGAUGUAGUUAGAAACCCGUCAUUGGUUUUUUCAUGGUUAUGGCCCUUGUUUGAUUUUCUUAACAAGGUCCCAGUGUCAAAAUGGGGUCAAGUCUUCUUUGAAACACUAGGAUAAUAUUUUUCAUACAGCAUUAUGGGAUACCUAUCCAGAUCAAGUUCGAAACCCAGCCAUCAUAAUCAAUAUUGUACAGAGUUAUGGCCCUUGCUUUGUUUUUGGACAUGGUGGACUGAACCCUAAAUUGGAUACACUUUUUUGGAAACCACUCGAAUAAUGGAUGGAAGAGUUUUUAAAUGAAUACUUUGAUCAGAAAUACGCCCAAAUGAAUAGUUUGUUGGCAGAAGUGAAAUUUUUUUAUAGGUUGUUUUGUGGAAAAUACCCAACGUCAUAUUAUGUGUGUUAAUAAUGAAAGUGAAAAGUGUUUGAUGGUGGUCAGUAAAUAACAAGACAGCUGGGGAAACAUCAAAUGGAUGUUCCCUUAUUCAGACAACCACUCUCACCAUGCUAUGCUUGUCGUAAGAGGCGACUUAAGGGAUCAGCUGGUCAGACUCGCUGACUUGGUUGAUGCAUGUCAUCGUAUCCCAGUUGCCUGGAAUGAUGCUCGUGAUGUCAAUCACUCAUUUAUUUACAGACCACCGUCAUAUAGCUGGAAUAUUGCUGAGUGCAGCAUUAAACAACAAACAAACUAUUUGAUAUAAUUCAAUAUCAGGUUAUUACUUAUUAUCAUAAUUUUUUGUCAUUAUCAUGAUUAAGAUUGUCACAAAUUGUCGUCAUGGUUAUUCAGUGUUUGAUGUUUCCUCGUUUACCAAUUUUCAUUCUCAGUGUCAGUACAGAAAAUAUUGUUAAAUUCUUUUUAUGUUUGGUCAUAAUAUUCCAGGUUGUAGCAGGAUCACUCAGGGUACAUGGGGUUUUAUGCGUCCCGCGUUAGCUUUUAUACCUCUUACUGACAUGUUUAUAUGUGACAUUGCAAAAGAAUUAACACAAAUUCAAAAUUGAUUGAUAGAAAACCAUUGCCGUAGCGAGCCGGAGGGGCAGGGUAGGCAGUUUUGGGGACAAGUGAUACUUGUACAAGUUGCCCCCCCUGUCAAAAAUAAUUAUCUACGGCCUUGAAAACAGCUGUUCGAUUGAGCUGAGGUUAUCUUGUGCUGUGUCACGCUCGGGGGGUGGGAAGUGUGCAGUUCUUUGCAUUGAAACCGGGUAUAAGGGGUUAAUUCUGCCUCUCAAAUAUCCAUGUGCAGCCUGCAUUGCUCUUGGCAGGGUAUAAGAGAUUCAUUCCCCGCUGAGAAAUUUAUUACCCUCCAAGGUGGGUUACACAGUAUUUUAUCAAGAUCACGUGGACCAAUCAGAUCUCAUCAUUCUGACAUGGAGGUAUCAUAAAUCAUGUUAUGUGUGCCAGAUUAUCAUGAAUAUGUGGUGUAAACUGAUGUUGAUUUUUGGAGGAUAAGAUACUGUUUCACACCACAUGUGUCAUACCAGGGUAGCCACGAUUCAUCGCAACACGACAAAUUUAACCUGACGAUAUGCUACACAGUAGAGCUACCCAUAUGUUGAUAAAUGUUUUAAUUCUUUUUGUUUUUUAGAAGCUAUUAUUUACUACAUUUUGUAAUGACUUGGCAUGAUAACUACUUAUUGUUAACUUGCAGCAUGUCAAGAGACAAAAUGCUAAAUCUGAUUGCAUAAAACAAUAAGAAUGAGUCAGUCAUAGAGAAUGUCACUCAAGAAUGGUAUUAAUUAAUUAUUAUGAUACGUGUUGUCUCAAGACUCAAGUGUGGCAACAUGUCUCAAUACAGCAUACAGUGUAUGGACAGUUUCUUUGGUCCUGUUCAAGUGGAGUACCCGGUAGUUUUUUUUUAUAGAAACUUUUUGAGGCUUGCAAUAAUGUGGCACCCCUAAUAUGUGUUUUAAAAGGUUUUCCUGAAUCCCUAGAUAGUAUUAAUCUUUGAGCAAGUAUCACUGUCAGGGAAUGAAAAUUAAGUUUAGUUAACCAGAGAGGAUUUAUGAUAUUGUUUUCAUAUCAUAUAUAUGUAAUACACCAGUUGUCAAACAAAUCCAUGUUGAAUGAUUCCUGUGUUCCAACCAUUAAUUAAAUAAAUAUAUUAUGCAGUGUAUACGUUAUAGUGGCAGAGACGUUUUUUGUCAUGUAAAGUCUAGAUGAAUUUAUUUCUAGUUUUACAGAUUAUUGGUACUAUGCCAAAGAUCAAGAAAAUAAAAUUACUUUUUAUGUUGCAGUUGGAUUUGGGGUUAAUUAGAUCUUGCAUAAAUAAAUAAAAACAAACAAACAAACAAACAAACAAACAAACAAACAAACAAAUAAAUAAAUAAAUAAAUAAAUAAACAAACAAGCAUAUAAAGUUCAAAAUAAGCAUAUUUAAAUCCAAUAGAAUUUAUACAAAAAAAGGAAAUAUUUAAGCUGAACAAUUUACAAAAAGCUUUUCUGUAAGAAUUAUAUUCCUGGGCCAAAAAGGUACAUUUUUCAAGUUACUGUGUUUGCAUAUUAACCUGUCAGUUCUUCCAAACUGUGUCACUGUUGAUGUAUGUAUGUGUACAUGUCAAAGAUUAUCUGUGUCAAUGAUGAUCAGGUCCACAUGGAAUUGGUUCUAUCCGGAACAAAUAUUGCCAGUGUAAAUGUACCAUCGAAAGAUUGUCAUAGGAAAAACUGUUCCAUGGGAAUAAUUGCCCUUGAGAAAAUAGUACUAAAGAGUGUCUGUUCCUGUAGUGAAAUUGUUCCUUUGUAUUGUAUGAUGUAUUGAUCAUGACUUCAGCAUGACUUCAGCAUGACUUCAGCAUGACUUCAGCAUAAUGCUACUUAUAACAAGAGGUGUAGAAUGCCUCCGAAGUCGGAGUUUGCCUCGCAGCCAUAACUUCACAGGUGACUGCAAAUGGUCAUGGAUUUGUAUUGGAAUGACAUAUAGCAAUACAGGGUAUAGCUUUAAGAUAAGAUGUUGCAGCUUAAGAACAUUUUGCACGGCCAAGUUCCAGUUUCAGAAUUCGGGAUUUGAGUUCUGCUGGUAUUUCUCAAAUUCCUUGAUGCGACACUGCCAAUUAAUUGUAUCAGAAUAUUGCACCGUUACCCCAUGUUGAUUUGAGAAGUUAUGUCCAUGUUCACAUGUACCUCAUUCAUACGUUGUUACUGGACUGGGUUACAUAAUUGAAUAUUCUGCGAAGAAGAAAUACAUCUUACUUAUUUUUGUAAACCUUUGUUGUUUAUUUCAAGAAGAUGUAUAUGUUGUCUUGCUUAACUUGAAUAAAUUGGCUGGCCAACACAA